UCAGAAAUGGCACCUCGUAAGGGCAAGGAGAAGAAGGAAGAACAGGUCAUCAGCUUGGGACCUCAGGUUGCUGAAGGAGAAAACGUCUUUGGUGUCUGCCACAUCUUUGCUUCCUUCAAUGACACUUUCGUCCACGUGACUGAUCUCUCUGGCAAGGAAACCAUCUGCCGUGUGACUGGUGGCAUGAAGGUGAAGGCCGACCGAGACGAGUCUUCUCCCUACGCAGCUAUGCUGGCAGCCCAGGAUGUUGCCCAGAGGUGCAAGGAACUGGGCAUCACUGCCCUGCACAUCAAGCUGCGUGCUACUGGCGGCAAUAGGACCAAGACUCCUGGACCUGGUGCCCAGUCAGCCCUGAGAGCUCUGGCCCGGUCUGGAAUGAAGAUCGGCCGCAUUGAGGAUGUCACUCCCAUCCCAUCUGACAGCACUCGCAGAAAGGGUGGUCGCCGUGGACGUCGUCUGUAAACAAUGCUGCACCUUUGGUUAUUAAAGCUCUCUUUUAAACCUC